GGGCUCCGGCGUCGAGUUGCCAGAGUCCACUUCAACAACGCCGAGACUCGCCUCGCCACGCACCUCCUAGUGCACGACCAACGCUCCCGACUACAAUACCGCCAGCUACUAUCCGCUAAGAUCACCGCCAUGCCACACCAGGGGGGUUCGCCAAAUCAGCGCUGGGCGACGACGCUGAACACAGCACUGGAAUCAGCA